CAUACGCACAGCUGUUUCUGCCGAACAAUGUGCACCAUAUAACUUGAAUACUAUUGUUUUAUAACUGAAAAGGAUGAUCCGCAAUGUUGUGGUGGGCGUGUCGGGGGGCGUGGACAGCGCCGUUAGCGCCCACCUGUUGCGGGAACGAGGAUUCAAUGUUUUGGGAGUCUUCAUGCGCAACUGGGAUGAAAUGGAUGAAGUGGGUCGCUGCAGCGGGGAGGCGGAUCUCAGGGACGCGGAGUGGGCGUGCCGGCGACUGGGCGUGGAGUUACGCCAGGUGAACUAUGUGCGCGAAUACUGGACGGCGGUAUUUAGCCAAUUCCUGGAGGAUUACCAACAGGGAUUGACCCCAAAUCCGGAUAUCCUGUGCAAUCGGCACAUCAAGUUUGACCUAUUCCACAAGCACGCCUUGGAGAAUCUCGGCUACGAUGCUGUGGCCACAGGUCACUAUGCCCGCAACAGUUUGGGCAACUUUCUGGAAUCGAACACCCCGCAAAAAGAAGCCCGUCUGUUAAUACCCGCCGAUGCCUUCAAGGAUCAGACAUUUUUUUUGGCGGGAAUUCCCCGUAAUUCACUGCAACGCACCAUGUUUCCUUUGGGAGAUUUUCAGAAAAGUCAGGUCAAGGCAUUGGCCACCAAGAUUGGACUCCAACGGCUGGCCAACAAGAAAGAAAGCACGGGCAUUUGUUUUGUGGGGAAGCGCAACUUCAAGGAGUUUAUACGAGAGUACAUCACCUCCAAAAAUGGUCCCUUCGUAGACAUCGAUAGUGGAGCAGUGGUUGGCCACCACGAGGGCAUCCAUCAGUGGACCGUGGGGCAACGUUGUCGCCUGAGUUCCUUCCUGCAGCCCUAUUUUGUGGCCAAAAAAGGGGCAUCCAGCAAUACUAUAUAUGUGGCAGCUGGCCACGUACAUCCCGCCUUGUUCAGCACUCAGAUUCAUAUCGAUCCACCCAACUGGCUGUGUUCGGAGUCCCAAAGGAGGCUUUUAGAAAUGGGCGUUUUACGGUGUCGCUUUCGUUUCCAGCACACCAAACCGUUGGUGGGUUGUUGCAUGAAGAUCUCCCCGGAAAACAACUUCCAAGUCCAGUUGGAUGCUCCUUUAAGAGCUAUUACGCCCGGACAAUAUGCCGUGUUCUAUGAUGAAACGGCUUGUUUGGGUUCCGCCCGCAUCCUCAGCGCAGAUCCUCUGAAGAAAAGCAUUGAGGCACAGCAAACGCAAGUGGGAAACCUAGUAAGCUGAUGGUUCCUCUGGGCAAUGUCCAAUCGUGAGCCAGAAAGUAUAGUGCACACUUAAAGAACCAAUUCAUUCUUAUACCUAGUUAGCAUUAUGGAAUGACGAAAAAUUAUUUUGUUUAUACUUAGAUAUAUUGAUUCCACAAAAACUAUAAACUCCAUGGUAAACACUUUAAACAUAUACGCAAUUUAUUCUGGUCA